UAUUUUAGGGUUUUUUAUUAAUUUUUAUAAAACUUCAUUGGGUGUGUGUUUUCUCCUACCUGAAUAUCCGAUCCAUUUAAUUUCCUGCUUUCUUUCUUCUCCACUGCGGCGACCGUGCACUGUAAAACCCUAGCUCUCUUUCCACCAUGAAUUGUUCAAUUUCUGGCGAGGUGCCGGAAGAACCUGUUGUUUCCAAGACCUCCGGAUUACUUUUCGAGAAGCGAUUGAUCGAACGACACAUAUCGGAUUAUGGAAAGUGUCCGGUGACCGGGGAAGCUUUAACUAUGGAUGACCUUGUUCCGAUAAAAGCUGGCAAGGUGGUGAAGCCAAGACCAGUGCAGGCUGCAAGUAUUCCCGGGAUGCUUGGAAUGUUCCAGAAUGAAUGGGAUGCAUUGGUGUUAUCUGCUUUCGCAUCAGAGCAACAAUUACAUACAACAAGGCAGGAGCUUAGUCAUUGUUUAUACCAGCAUGAUUCAGCUUGCCGUGUAAUUGCAAGAUUAAAGAAAGAACUUGAUGAAGCCAGGACAAUGUUGGCUAAUUUAGAAAGGCAAGCACCAAUGCCAGCAUCAACAGAAGUGACAGCACAUGCUUCUGCUUUAAGCAAUGGGAAAAGAGCUGUUGAGGAUGAUGAGUUGGGUCCCGAUGGUAAGAAAAUCCGUCAAGGAAUAUCAGCCAGAAUAAUUACUGAAUUAACCGACUGCAAUGCUGCACUUUCACAGCAAAGGAAGAAAAGACAGAUUCCUCCUUCAUUGGCUUCGUUGGAUGCUGUUGAGAGAUAUACCCAGCUUAAUAGUUAUCCCCUUCACAAAACAAACAAAGCUGGCAUUUUAUCUAUUGAUAUCCAUCAAUCCAAGGAUCUUAUUGCUACUGGUGGAGUUGAUACGAAUGCUAUAGUCUUCAAUCGAUCUUCAGGGGAGAUCUCAUCUACACUUAGUGGUCACUCCAAGAAGGUCACCAGUGUCAAGUUUGUGGCUGAUGGGGAGUUGGUUGUUUCUGGUUCAGCUGACAAGACAGUUCGUGUUUGGCAAGGAUCUGAAAAUGGAAAUUAUGAUUGUAAGCAUGUCCUAAAAGAUCAUACAGCUGAGGUGCGAGCUGUGACUGUCCAUGCUACAAAUAACUACUUCGUAACAGCUUCUCUUGACAAUUCAUGGUGCUUUUAUGAGUUAUCGUCCGGCUUAUGCCUUGCACAGGUUGAAGAUUCAUCUCCAUCUGAUGGUUACACAUCUGCAGCUUUUCAUCCUGAUGGUCUCAUUCUUGGAACAGGCACUUCUGGGGCUAUUGUUAAAAUCUGGGAUGUCAAGAGUCAGGCAAAUGUUGCAAGGUUUGAUGGGCAUGUUGGGGCAGUAACUGCGAUAUCGUUUUCAGAGAAUGGUUACUUCCUUGCAACUGCUGCUCAAGAUGGUGUUAAGUUAUGGGAUCUUCGUAAACUGAGAAACUUCAGGACUUUUUCACCGUAUGAUGAGAAUACUCCUACACAAUCUGUGGAAUUUGAUCAUAGUGGAAGUUACUUAGCGAUCGGAGGUUCAGACAUAAGAGUUUAUCAAGUGGCAAGUGUGAAGUCUGAAUGGAACUGUAUUAAAACAUUCCCUGAUUUGUCUGGCACAGGUAAGAUAAACUCUGUAAGAUUUGGUCCUGAUGCAAAAUACAUAGCAGUCGGGUCAAUGGAUCGAAACCUUAGAUUGUUUGGGCUGCCUGGGGAGGAUAGUGCAACGGAGCAAGAAUCUUGAAGACGGUUCUUCUCUGUCAUUAUUGGUGUUGGAUUAUUUUGGGGCUCGUCGUUUUGUAUUAUUCAGGUGUAGUAACAUUUUAACAUGUUUCGGCAUCUUAUGUUAAUGAGAUUGAUUGUUAGAACUUUUUAAUUAUGCGAGAAUCAAAUUUAUAGGUAAAACUGACUCGUCAUAUUAAUAUC